UUCCCUUAAAUCAAUCAAUUAAAUAAUAUUACUUGUUAUUAUAUUAUGUUUAUUAAUGUAAACUUGUUUACCUUUAAUUACUGUGAAUUGAAUUUAACUGAUUAUCACUUUUCUGGCUUCAACAUCUUUUUACUUUUGUGAGACUCUAAACUCUAUACCUAUUCUGUUUAUAUUACAUACAAUAACCAAAGCAACAUUUCUCCCUCUCAUUUUUUGGAUUGUUCAGCCUCACCUUUCUUUCCCUUUCUGUCUACCUAUCUCUUCAUAUCUUCUUUUACAUUCAUUUCAUUUCAUUCAUGAUUGUUUGUUACAUCAUACUGAAUUUCAAAGAAAAAUCUCCGCGAUCAAAUAACAAAAUUGUGCUCAUGUUAAUAUAAUCUAUGUGCUACUGUUGUGCUUGCUGUGUCUGUAGUUACAUCUUUACUUUUCCGUGGUUCCCUUAACACUUUAGUUAAGGUUAUUCCUACUAUUUGGUGGAGAUAAUUACUUCUAGCUGUGUAACUACAUUAUUGAUGGUUAACAAUUUAUCAAGAAAAAACUUUUUCUAUUUUUGUUUCUAAUAGUUUUUAAACUGUUGUUUACUUGAUUGGGUCCAAAAAUUCAAAUUAUCUCUUCAUUCAACGAUUGUGAUUGUUAUCAAAGAGUUUAUGGAAUGAUUUAUAAAUUUCGUGUUUUCGUGAUUCCCUUUACUUAUUCAUUAUUAUUGCAUCAUUAACCAACCUUGUUUUACCUGAGCAAAUUGAAAUUUAAUUUGAUUUCGUGUGAAGUUUUACUGUUGGUUAAACCCUAAUUUAACCACUGAAUUUACCUGAUUUCCUUGCAACAGAUGGCGCUUUCGUGAAUAUUUCUACUCAACAUCUGAUUAAAAAAUCUUUUUUUUCUUGACUGUUUUCUUGCAUAUAAUUGUUCUUAUUCCAAUCAUUACUCUGGUUUUGUCCCUUUAAAAGUUUAUUAAACUGGGAUUCCUUCGAGUUUAUUAUCUUCAAAAAAGAUCAACACUGUGAAAGUUGUGUUUCAUUGUUUCUGAUGUAAAUGGUGUUAACAGUGUAUCCAUGUUUCGCUGGGGAUUCUUGUUGAAAGCUUGUAACCGUCAGAUAGACUCUAUUGACAAGAGGCAUUGUAGCCUGUCCAGAGUGCCUGAUGAUAUCGCUCGAUAUGCCUCGUCAUUGGAAGAUUUACUGUUGGACUCAAAUCAUAUUAAAGAUUUACCGGAAUCCUUAUUCCGGCUUCAUAGGCUUCAAAAGCUUAGUAUCUCUGACAAUGAAAUAGGAAGUUUGCCGAUUGAUAUAGCUAAAUUGUCUAACUUAGUCGAGUUAGAUGCGUCCAAAAAUGAAAUUAUGGAGGUACCUGAAGUUAUUAAAUUCUUGCGCCGAUUGAAGGAGCUUGAUUUAAGUUUCAACCCUCUUCGUACAGUUCCCAAUGCCAUUACUCAGUUGACCAGUCUAAAAAUUUUAGCUCUCAACGAUGUCAACUUACAUCAACUACCGUCUGAAAUUGGUUCUUUGAUCAAUCUCGAAUCACUCGAGCUUAGAGAAAAUAUGCUUAAAACCUUGCCUCCAAGUUUUUCCAAUUUGACAAAACUUCAACGCUUAGAUUUGGGCAGCAAUCAAUUAGAAGAGUUACCCAAAAUCAUUGGUGACCUUAUCAUGUUACAAGAAUUAUGGCUUGAUGAGAAUGGCUUAAGAACUUUACCUAAAGAAAUAGGUAAUUUAAAAAAAUUGACUUGUCUUGAUGUCUGUGAGAACGCUUUGAGCUACCUUCCUGAAGAAAUUUCCGGUCUUUGGAUGUUAACUGACUUACAUCUUUCCGACAAUCGUCUUGAGCAGCUACCCGACGGGAUUGGUCAGUUAAAUAAACUUGUGAUCCUCAAAGUAAACAAUAACAAUCUUUAUUCUUUGAAUCCAACUAUUGGUGGUUGUUCAUCUUUACAAGAACUGGUUUUAACAGAAAAUUCUCUACCUGAACUGCCCCCAACAAUUGGUAAUUUAAUACAUCUAUCAAUCUUGAAUUUGGAUCGAAACGAUUUGACAGAUCUGCCAUCACAAAUUGGAAAUUUAACAAGAUUGAGCGUACUAUCAUUACGUCUCAAUCGUAUAACACAUCUUCCAGUUGAAAUCGGUCAACUUAGAGAACUUAGAGUCCUCGACGUUUCUGGUAAUCGAUUACAAUACCUUCCUUACUCUGUCACCGCUCUGAAUCUGAAAGCUUUAUGGUUAGCUGAAAAUCAAUCACAACCUUUACUCAAAUUUCAGAGUGAUUUUGAUGAACUUAGUGGAAUGAAGGUGUUGACAUGUUACUUGUUACCUCAAGCUCAGACAACGGAUUAUUAUUCUAGCGGGCUUUCUGAUCUGGCUAAUAAAGAGUUUGUUGAAUCACCUAGUCCAACUUUUGGUCGUCCCAGAGAAUCUGCUGUACGAUUCCCCGAUUCAGUUUUCCUUGACGAUGAAGGUCUGAAUUCAGGUGAUCAAAAAAGUUCUUAUGAAGUUAAUUUUGUGCGCCAUGAUACACCACAUCCAAAAGAACUUAAAGCAAGACAUUCAAAAUUAUUUCAAGGAAAAGAUAAAAAUUAUGAACCCGGUGAAGAAAAGAAGGAAGAAGAAUCUCAUAAAGUUGAAUCCGUCCAUAAUAGAGAAAGAUCAGAAAGUCCAUUUAACUCUGAGUCUUCCGAGGCCUCUUCAGUUAUAAUUAGAAUGACAGAAUCUGAUUUAGAUCAACGUGGAGUAAGACAGGAAAUGAGAGAAACUCACGUAGAUCAUAAUGAAAUAGAUACAAUAAUUGGUAACGAGAGUAAUGAAAGCAACAAAAUGAGCAGUCUGGGUGAAGUAAAAAGAAAAGUGACAGACUCUCGUGAUUCUGAGACACAAGGAUAUAUUGAGAAGCAUGUUCUCUUUCCUGAUCAACUUGGUAAACUUCAUAGACGAAUUGAUGAUAGAGAUGGUGAUGAAAUGAGCGAACCUGUAGAUGAAGAAGACGCCUCAGAAAGACUUCAUCAGAGUUUCCAGGGUGAUGAUACUAUGGAUGAUAGUGGAGCCUGUGAGGAAGAUGGAGUCGAUGAAGAAGGAAACAGACCAGAAAAGCAUAAACUUCAUCGUCGUGACACACCCCAUCAUUUAAAGAACAAGAGAAUAAAUAUGCCUAAUUCAAAAGAGGAUCAAGAAAAGUUUGCAUCUAUUAUUAAAGAAGCCUUGAGAAAAGAAAAUUCUACGAACAAUAUGAAUGGCGAUGAUAUAUCAUUGAGAACCAACUCGUCCUUCUCAAAUGCCGCUAUGACUUCUAUAUCAUUAGGGCCCGUUGAAAUAAAGCAGAUGAAGUUUUACGUACUACGAGCUGUUGCAGGACUUGGUCUUAGCAUAGCGGGAGGUAAAGGUUCAACACCUUUCAAGGGUAAUGAUGAAGGUAUUUUUGUAUCAAAAAUUACUCCUGGAGGUCCAGCUGAGUUGUCCGGUUUGAAAGUUGGAGAUAAAAUAUUAGCUGUUAACGAUAUCUCAAUGGAAGAUGUUGAUCAUUAUAAAGCUGUUGAUGCCCUUAAAACGGCUGGUUAUGAAUUUUCUGUUCUAGUUGCUAGAGAAGUGCCCAUUCAAGAUCAAAAUAUGUCCAGGUCAAUGGACAUGAGUGCCUCAAAUCAUCAAAUUAAUCACGUUCAUCUCUCUAAUGGAGAUUCAAGUCCAAAAGUAUCACCUUCUCAUGAAAUAUCACCAAUAGAUAGAAGACCUUCUCAACCAUUAAAUGAAUCUUUUACAUCAUCAACGUCCUCUCAACCCCUUCAUCAACAAAUAUCACCAUCUUUAUCUCAAAAGAUUGAGGAUGAUCUAGUAAUAUCACCUAAACCACAACCAAAGGUUAAAACAGUUGUCGACUAUACCAUAAUUAUUCGUGAGCCAACCGGCUUAGGUUUCUGUGUUGCUUAUGGUAAAGAUGGAAAGUCUAUUAUAAUUUCAAGAAUUGCACCGGGAGGAGCUGCUCAUAAAGCUGGUAAACUUAGAGUUGGAGAUAAAAUCAUCAAAAUUGAAGGUCAAGACAUCUCUGGAAUGAAUAAAGAACAAGUUGUAGAAAUGUUAACAAAACCAGAAAGAUUUGUUCGACUUUGUGUUGAAAGAGAAAUCAUUGAAGAUGAUGAAGAUAGCUCGAAACCACCUUUUUCAACCUUCUCCAGACCUUAUACUGGGCUUUCUUCCGCAUCUUAUAUGGCCAAUCGCCCAACCUUCACCGGCAGCUAUAAAAGGCCUUCUCUAGGAUCGUUAAGUAAUUUAAGCCAUGAUUCCGGAGGAGCAAGCGGGUCAAAUUCAUCAAAGCCAACAUAUUCAGUAUUUACUAGAUUAACCGGCCUUAAAGGUGACCUAUCUGUCUUCAAUCCAUCCAAUACAGUGACACCACCGACAACAACAUUAACAACAUCCUCAUCUUAUUCAACAUUACCAUCCAAUUCCACUUUCACCACUUCAUCUACGCCAUUUAACAACAGUGCCUCACAAACCUUGAAGUCAAGUGCCUCUAUUAGUGCAUUAAAUCAAACAGGUGCCAAUCUACAACAAAAUGAAACAACGACACAUACCCGCUUCUCUAAACCACCUGUAGUUGUGAGAAUAGAAAAACAUUCUGUUUUAAAACCGCAUGAAACCUUGGAAGCUGAAUUACCUCCACCGCCAUCAACACCAGGAUUAUUUACUGAAGUUUUAACAAAGACAACGUUCACUGAAACGACAACCACCCGUGUAACAAAUAAUAUCCUCAAAGAUUCGACGGGAUCUAUUGUAACAGAAUCAACUGUAGCAACGGAAACUAGAUCAGGAUAAUGCACAGACCUAAUGUUUCUUCAUCUCAUCUCUAUCAACUUAGCUAUUGGUAUCAUUUCAUUUUCUCAUAAAAAUCAAGUUAAUUAAGAGUUAUACUAAUUUAAAAUCAAAACAAAAUGAUUCGCAUUAAAAAGAAGGGCUGAUUUGCAAUCAAAUACAUAUUACAAAUAAAUAUUUUACCAUUUCCAUUACUCAACUAUACACCACCUUUAUUUGGGGAUCUUUAAAGUCUUCACGAACGCUGAGGAUUUGAUUGUUAACAACAGAUUAACUACAUUGAAGAUACAGUAGCCUGUCCACAGAUGCUUGAUUAUAUUAUUGCUCGAUAUGUUUUAUCCAUGGAAGAUUUUACUGUUGGAUUCAAAUUAUAUUAAAGAAUUACAUGACUCCUUAUUCCGGCUUCUUAAGCUGCAAAAGUUUAAUAUCUCGGAUGAUAGAUGAGAACGUUCAACUUUGAAUAUCUUUAAUUGAGUUGAAAACUUAAAAUUAUAUCUACUAAAUAAAAUAAUCGAGAUAUGCCUGAAUUUGCCAGAAAGUAAAGCCAUCUACAGAUUCACACUCCAAUAUUGUGCUCUAUGAGAAUAUUUACGUUUAAUGCCAUAUUUUCGAGGUGGAGGUUUACUUUUAAAGCAACUUUUACCAUCUUUACCGAAUUCGAAAGUUUGACGAGCUGUAAAUUUAUGGAUGGUUCAUCAUAAAUAUGAUUAAACUCCAUAUCUUCUUCAAUGCCAUAUGAAAGACAAGUUUACCCGAAUUAUCCUUACUGAUCAACACCUUGAAGAUUUGUGUGGAGUUAUAAAAAGAUAUCCAAUCUUCUUCUCUCUUUGUCCCAAUGCAUUUUAAUGUCAAAAAGCGAAAAUCAAAAAAUAUCUUUCAAAUUUUUGUUCAACCCAAAAGCUGUUAUUCAUCAAACCAAUCAAUCAGAUUAUUAUACGAAGCACACGAUCUCACUUCGAUGGCAGUUAAAGUAAACUUUAUGAGCUGGUGAUGAACAUCAUUCAAAUGCAUUAUAAUUCAUAACCAAUUGAUGAAGUAUCCGAGCUACAAAUCAACCAACAUUUCGAUUAUCAAGAUCUGCAAUGAUAAUGGUUCCAUCUUCUGUAUUUUAAUGUAUUUCUCACCUUCUCCUUUUUCCUCUCUUUUAUUUCCUUAUUUAUGUUCAUCUCCUUUUUCUUGUUAUUUAUUUUAUCGAACUUUAUCGAUCUGGAAACUUGAUACCCACCCAAAUAUUGUUGUCCUUUCACCUCAAAGCACUUCUUUUAACUGUUCCUUUUCCCUUCUUUAUCGCUUUCUAUCUCAGUGGUAAAAUCCAAAUCUCACUGAGGCUAACACAAGAUGAUAGUGAAUCAGUAGCUAUCAAAAUUUAACAAGUGAAUCAAGAUGAAAUCAAAUCAAAAAGUAAACGUUACAGCAAUAAGGAUCCCUAAAAAAACUAAACAAAUCUCUGUGUUAAGUUGAAUUUUGAGAAUGACGCAAAAUUUUAUUGUAAGCUGCUAAAGAAGAGCAUACUAAAGCAAAAUCAAUUGAAAUUUUACGACUUGGCGUAUUUUUUAUCUGUAAAUAUUGAGAAGCUCAAGCUAAAUGAAAAUCAUUGAUUUUGUAAGCACCAAAUAAAAAAUCAAUUUGAACAACCA